CUCAGUGAACGACGAGCUGGAAAUUGGAGGUAAGGGUUUUGCUGAUCUUUGCUCAUCGCCAUCGCCGAUUUGUUUCGAUUCUCAACAGAGACGCACCAAAUUCUUUCGAUUCUCACUACAAAAUCACCAAAAAUAUUGUUGCGUUGUUCGUUUACAGAAAAUGGAAGCUGGAGACGAUGGAAUCGAGAGGCUGGUUGAUUCGAAGGAUAUGCAACAACAGAGUAAAGCCUUCGAUAAGCUCACUGAUCGCGUUGAAGACCGUCAACUCGAUUCCACUCGUGUUCAGGAGGCAAUGGCGUCUAUUGCUGCAUCGGCUGAAGCCGAUUGGAACGCUAUGAUGUUGAGAGAGAAAGAGCUUGCUGCUGUCAAGAUAAAUGCAGCUGACGUCGACAUAAUCGCAAAUGAACUCGAGUUGGACAAGAAGGUUGCUGAAAGAACACUGCGAGAGCACAAAGGCGACGCUGUUGCUGCUAUACGAUAUUUACUACGUUAAGCAGGUCUCUCCUAACUUUGAAAAGACCCAAAGCCUUCUGUAACUCCAGAUUGUAUGGAAUUGUACCUUUUUUUUUGCUGGAAGUUUCUUCUUUUCUUCGUUCGUCUGUAAAACUCCAACAUUAUUUCUUAUCCUGACCGUACACACAUGUUUUUGUUGAAGGAGAGUAUUCCAUCAAAAGCCAUUUGAUGAGAAGCCAAAUGAUCUUUUGCUAGGUAGAAGUGUUGGAAAACGUCUCCAUGCGUUAGAUGAAAAACAAUACUUGGGACUUUAAAAAUUAUCUUAUGGAUUUUUUUUUGUUUUUAAA